GCUCUAGCCUGGAGCGGGCGCCGCGAUGGCCCCGGCCGCCGAACGGGAGGGUUACUGGGGGCCGCCGACCUCCACCCUGGAGUGGUGCGAGGAGAACUACGCCGUCUCCUACUACAUCGCCGAGUUCUGGAACACAGUGAGUAACCUGAUUUUCAUUCUACCUCCAAUCUAUGGUGCGAUUCAGACCUAUAAAGAUGGCCUUGAAAAACGGUAUUUAGCUGCAUAUUUGUGUCUUACAGCUGUGGGAUUGGGAUCUUGGUGCUUCCACAUGACCCUGAAGUAUGAAAUGCAGCUGUUGGAUGAACUGCCAAUGAUAUACAGUUGUUGUGUGUUUGUCUACUGCCUGUAUGAAUGUUUCAAGUACAAGAAUACAGUCAAUUAUGCACUGCUUUUCUUGUUAAUAACAUACAGCGUCGUAGUCAGCAUAGUUUACCUAGAUUUGAAAGAGCCUGUAUUCCAUCAGAUCAUGUAUGGAACACUAGUUUCCAUCAUAGUUCUAAGAUCUGUUUAUAUAGUAUUAUGGGUAUACCCAUGGCUUAGAGGUCUAGGCUAUACGUCCUUAACUGUAUUUUUAAUGGGAUUUUUUCUCUGGAAUGUGGACAACAUUUUCUGUGAUAAAUUGAGAGCAUUACGAGAGAAGAUGCCUCCUGUGGUGGGAGCUGUGACACAGUUUCAUGCAUGGUGGCAUAUUCUCACAGGGCUUGGUUCUUACCUUCAUAUCCUGCUGAGUUUAUAUACAAGGACACUUUUCCUGAAACACAGGCCAAAGGUGAAGUUUGUUUUUGGAAUAUGGCCUGUUCUGUUUGUGGAGCCACCCAAGAAGCUUUGA